UUUCAAUCGGCCGAGUUAUAGUCGAUAUUUUUAGAGUUUAACUCAAAAUCAUAGUCGCAGACAAGUUUACGUUCGCCAGUCGGCAGUAUUCAUUCAUCCGUCAUACUGAGCGGUUGUUACUUACAAGUGCACGCAAUUAACGCAUAGUUUACGUACAUACAACGAGUACUUAAGAGAAAACUUUGUAUAGACUUUAUUAUACUGUGUUAUUCUUUCUGUAUCUGUAUCUGAGUGAACAAUGGCGAAUGACCAUGUGAAGCUGGACAUUAUCAACGAAAAACACAAAGAUGUGGACACUGAAGCGAUCGAGAUCGUUUUCGGCAGGCCGGCGGCGCCUGCGCUUCCUAUAAACACACUCACAAACAAUGUCCACCUGAUUAACAACGAGAGAGGACACCAUGACAUGCAUUUCAACAGCAACAAUGAUCGAAACAACUUGAAUGAAAGUGACAUGGAGCGCCCCACGCAGCCACUGCUAGAAGAUUCCAAAGAGAGGACUACACCGCCGCUAGCAGUUUCCGAGAUCGAUGACCUGGACGGAGACCCUCCGAGCGACGCGACUCCAUAUCGGGGCAUCGACGACGGCCUCCUCGACUCCACGGACACCAAGCUCGCGGGGCAUGACCUGGAGGGUGACGAUCACCACCCGGAGCUGUCUGCCGGAGCUGAUGAGAAGCACCCGGACAUGUUCGGCGAGGAGGUCGGCACUGACGGUAAAUUGCCGAGCGCCUAUGACGAGCCAGACUACCCAUACGAUGUCAAUGGGCUCUCAACGAGAUUUGGAGAAUCUCGGCCGACUUCAGCCAUUCCAGUUAUCACUCCUGACGUGAACACCUACCAACAGAAGAAGAACCUGGCGCAGGGCAUGAUGGACCUGGCCCUGCUCUCCGCCAACGCCAACCAGCUGCGGUACGUGCUCGAGUCCGCCUCCACGCACCCCUACUACUAUCCUAGUCUCGCCUUCAUCUCACUCAGCAUUAUCUUCCAAGUAUUGGUGGGCAUUGGGUUGAUCAUGAACAGCCGUUAUGACGUAAACCACCACAAGGACAUCUGCAAGGCUGACAAGAUCAACAACAUGACGGUGUUGGGCGUGUUCCUCAUCACCAUCGUCAACGUGUUCAUCACGUCGUUCGGCGUCGCCACGCAGCCGCCACAGCAAACAGGCUAGCCGACCAAUAGAUUAUACACAGACAGAUAAAUUCAAUAUGCUUAUAAUCUGUACAAAUACGUGUUUAAGCAGACCCCGGGCAUAAAGACAACGGUACUUUGAAAUGUAUAUUAUGCAAGCGAAACAGUCAACCCAGUCAAUAUUAUCAAGUGACAACAGUCGAUUAUUUAUAUGACUUUCCAGUACCUGUUUCUAUGACCGGGGUAAUUUUAUAAAGGAUUAUACACCUAAGUACGGCGGGAAGCCCGAUCUACUGUGGGUCCUUCGCCACAGUAAUAUGCUGUGAUACACCUUGUUUUUACUGUCCCUAUAGCUGAAGAAUGAUGAUCUUAAUCAAAAGACUGAAUAUAUUUAUCCAUCAUCAUAAAAUACUUUUUGUACUUAGUUGUAAAUAAUUAACUUAUUAUAACACCAUAUCCAUAGUUUGUCAAAUCUUUUGUUUGUGAAUUAACCACAAUUUUAAUAAUCUCAAGACACUCUUCUCAUGGAAUUAAUAUAAGAAUAGAACUUAAGAAUAUUAAUGUUAUUUAUCGCUCAUGUUAUUAUAUAAUCUAAUAUU